UUUGCUCUCAAUGACCGCUUUACUCGACUGACUCGUGACUGGCGCGCGCUGUGACGUCAUGUGUGCGAGUGUUGCCAGAAGUGUGAGCAGACGUGGACGGCCAGCAGGAGUAGCAACACGUGGACGGCCAAACAUUUGGACCGUAUACGAUUCUGACGGCUCCACAUUUAGACAGCCAACAGUUCAUUCUAUCACACCUGGAUGGUCAAGUGACUUUUUGUGUCGUCUUCAGACUCAAGAUGGCGUCAUGGGACCGCUGUGACCUUGACCUCCUCCAUGUGGACGAGACCAAGAGGCCGCGGGCCAACUCCGAUCCUGUGGGCCUGCCGGCCCGCCUGCCGGAGAUCACCGUGACCUGCGAGGACGGCCGAGAGGACCCGUGGGCGGGCCAGCUUGACCACCACUGGAUCCCGCCCUCACCGCGGCGCAGGGCCAACACCUGCCCCGAAGACAUGUUCCUGGCCCGCAGGGGCCGCCCGCCCACACCCCCACCCGCUGACGUCAGCAGAGGCGCAACCGGCAAACGUUUUUCGUUGAGUAGAGACCUGACCGGCUUCUCACAUCACCGGCUGACCAAAGUGGCAGAGGAUGUGCCGGUCAUCGGCAGGGCAGACAAGGGCAGACGUAAGGCAGACAAGGGCAGACCUAGGGCAGACAUUCUAGAGGAACAGGCAACCAGACAAGAAGAGCAGACAAACACACAAACAGACAUUGUGAUCAGCUCGGAGUUGAAGACAGACACGAGAAGGGGGAAUAAUUCUGUCAUUGAUAAGUGUGUCACGUCAAUUAUUUAAGGGGAUAUGCUCAGUUUACUUUUUAAAGAUUUAUUUUAGAAUUUAAGAUCUAAAGCCUUUUGAAUACUUUUACCAUGUUUGGCACAGAAGUAAUUAUUAAACAACACAAAAAACAAAUGUUGGUUGUCAUGAGAACUCGAAAAAACCUUCGCCAUUUUGAAUUUUUCGGUACUAUUAAAAACGCUAAGGCUUUUUUUUUUUAAAUUUAUGCACUUAUAGCAAUCAAAUAUAAACUGCUUUUAUUUCAGUAUAUAUUAAAACUUUGUCACGACAACUUUUUGAAAGAUCCACUGGCCAGAAUUGAAAGAGCCACUGGCCAGAAUUGAAAGAGCCACUGGCCAGAAUUGAAAGAGCCACUGGCCAGAAUUGAA